CAUAAUUAAUUUUUGUAAUUCAUAAAUCGAUAAUUUUGAUAUAAUAUUUGUUAACGGUGAAAUUCAUUAUUUAAUAACGUCUAUAUACCAUGUCUGACGAAAAAGAGUUGUCAUGUGAAAUAGACAGUAUAUUGAAGAAAGCAUCAGAAGAAAUACUGAAUAAACAAUCUGGACAUUGUUUCACAGUUGAAAAUAUAGAACCCAACUUCAAUGAAGAUUAUUCCCCAUAUGUUAAAAAAGAUUUGGAAGAAUUUAUCAAUUUUGAUAUGUUAGGAGAGGAAAGUGAUAAUUUAGAAUCUUUCAGUAACAUACUUACUUCCACUAAUCAUGAAGAUCUUACAGGUGAUCGGUCAGUUUUAAAGAUAUUGUUGGAUCCUGGAAUUGGUCAAGUUGUACCUGAAAACUAUAUAGUCUUUUUACAUUAUAUUGCUUAUAUAUCAAACCUUCAUGAACCAUUUGAUGUAACCUAUCUUCAAGGCAAAAGACCAAAACGUUUUACUUUGGGUAACUAUGAACUUUUACCCGGAUUAGAAAUUGGUGUAAAAACUAUGAGAAUUGGAGAAAAUGCAAGAUUCAUAGUUAGUCCAGAAUUAGCAUACAGGGAAAUGGGUUGUCCACCUCGUAUACCACCAAACGCCACUAUUUUAUUUGAUGUCCAUCUGGUUUCUUAUUUAUCACCAGAAAAUUCAUUAUUAUAUGAUAAAGAUAGCCGUGAUCCUGAAAGAUUUAAUAUAAGUAUGGUUCAAGUAAAAAAAAUACAUAAAGAAGGUAAUGAGCUAUUUAAACUUAGAAAUAUAGAAAGAGCUAUUUUUAAAUAUGAGAAGGCCAUAGAAUUGUUACAUUUAAUUGGGUGCAAUUCUGAUGAUGAAGAAGUAGAAAUUAUGAAAUAUUUGAACAAACUAUAUACAAAUUUAAGCCUGUGCUAUUUAAAGCAAUGUGCUUUUAAUAAAGUAUGUCGUAUGGGUAUAGAAGCCAUGAAAUAUUCAGAAAGAUUUUCCAAGUUUAGCACUAAAUUAUUUUUUAAUUGGGGUAAAGCAUUACGCUUACUGAAAGAUUUUUCUGAAGCAAAUAAUAAGCUUAAAAAAGCAUUAAAACUUGAACCUAAAAAUGUUAGUAUACUAGAUGAAAUUAAAAUGCUAGAAAAAGAUAGAGAAUUCAACAAGAAUAUUCAUUCAUUUACUUUUUUGGAUCAGAAAUAUCAAGAAGAUGAAAAUGUUCGUUGGCCACCAUCAUUUUGGGAAGUAUUUCAUACACGUUUAUCAGAGUUUGUAAAUGGUGAUGAUGAUAUAUUAACUGUUAAUUUGAACAAUAAUCUUGAUGACAUUGAGUUGGUGAAACGUAAGGUUAGUACUUAUAAUUUAAAGUGGCAUAUAAUUCAAAAAGCUGGUGUUGAAUCAAAAAGUAUUGCCAUACAGAAAAUUGAAGAGUAAAUUAAUUUUUGUUGAUAUUUAAAAUUUUAAACAUUUUUUUCCUUA